AUGCCACUGUUCGGCAAGUCGUCGAAGAGUCCGUACGAACUGAUUAAGAGUUUGUCGGAGGCGUUGGUGGCUCUGGAGAGGGGCGACAAGAAGGCAGACAAAGCUCAGGAGGAUGUGUCCAAGAAUCUGGUGCUAAUGAAGAACAUGCUGUACGGCACGAACGACACGGAACCGCAGACAGACAUAGCUGUGGCUCAGUUGGCACAGGAGCUGUACAACUCGAACCUCCUGCUGCUGCUGAUCAACAACUUGUCGCGCAUUGAGUUUGAGGCCAAGAAGGACGUCGCGCAGGUGUUCAACAAUAUCCUCAGGCGUCAGAUCGGCACCCGAUCGCCGACCGUCGAGUACAUGUGCACUAAACCGGAAAUCCUGUUCACUCUGAUGGACGGCUACGAGAAGCACGACAUCGCUCUGAACUGCGGGUCAAUGCUUCGCGAGUGCGCCCGAUAUGAGGCUUUGGCCAAAAUAAUGCUGCAAUCGGACGACUACUACAAGUUCUUCGAGUACGUGGAAGUGUCCACUUUCGACAUCGCAUCGGACGCCUUCUCCACAUUCAAAGAGCUUCUCACUCGGCAUAAGAGUCUGAGCGCCGACUUUCUAGAGUCUAAUUACGACAAGUUCUUCAAUUGCUACCAAAAUCUACUGAAUUCCGGCAAUUAUGUGACAAAACGGCAAUCACUGAAACUGUUGGGAGAGCUGCUGCUGGACAGACAUAACUUCACUGUAAUGACCCGUUAUAUCAGUUCUCCGGACAAUCUAAAGCUAAUGAUGACUAUGUUGAAAGACAAGUCUCGCAACAUCCAGUUCGAGGCCUUCCAUGUGUUUAAGGUGUUUGUGGCCAACCCUAAUAAGCCGAAGCCCAUACUGGACAUCCUGUUGCGAAAUAAGGACAAACUCGUCGACUUUCUCACCAAAUUCCAGACCGACAGAGCAGAUGACGAACAGUUCAACGACGAGAAGGCAUAUCUCAUCAAACAGAUCCGCGAACUCAAGCCAUUAGACACCGACCAAAACCAUUGA